ACCCCCACUCCUCCUGACCAAUGCCCCCGCUCCCUCUCGCUCUCCAGCGCUGCCGCUCCCUGCACUCGAUUCCUUGUCGCGCCGGAGCCCUACCUCGCUGGAGUGCCCAUGCCCGAGGAACCGCCACCUCGCGCCGUCCUCGCGCCAUCGCCUCGCAGGAGCUCCUCCCAUGGCCACCGUCUGGUUCUUCGCUUCUGUGCCGCGCCAAGCCGUAUCCUCACUGGAGAUGGACGGAUCCCGGAGGCCCCGUCACAGAUCCGGCCUCCCUCGCCUUCCUCCCCCUCACCGGAGUCCCCCUAGUCGCCCGCCGCCAUCGCUGGAACCUCCCCGACCUCCUUCUCGCGCGUCGCAGCCACGCCUCGUCGCGCCCGCUCCUCGUCAAUGGCUAUGCUGGAGCCAGGAGCCAGACGCCACCGUCGACGACGACUCCUACUACACUAGAGUCUGAAGAUCAAUCCCGCGUCUCCAAGAAGACCAAGAAGCCCAAGAAGAUUUCCGGGCAUGAUCUUACUCCUGCCAGCAUUCUGCGCAAUGAGGAAAAUGUAAUUAAUCUAUCAAGUGACGAAGAUCUUGCUGAUGAUGCUCUGGAGAUGCUCAUCAAGAGCAAGCAGGAGGCUGAAAUCUUCAAGGAUUUGCCUCUGUUUGAUGCGGAUAUUCUCAAUCACUUCAUUGAUGAAUGGUUUGAAGAUCCCACCAUCAACAUUGAUGAUCUGUAG